AUGCACCAUCUCGGCAUAGUGGUGGUACGACGUGCUGGGACACUUGAUCGACAUACAAGGAUGUGCGAACGGAGACUCAAAGGGAGAGGCGAAAAUGGGAACUCCGCCUCCUCGCCAGCACAUCAGCAUUUCGCUGCGUUGGCUGAGAAUCAUAUUGAUUUUGGUGCGAAGCCAAGUGCUGGUCGAACCAACCGUCCACUCCAUGAAAUGCCCGAUCCGUCCAGCGUUGUUAACGAGGAUAUCCCUCUUGCAGAUGAUGAUGACACUGUGUCUAUAAUUGGAGGAGGAACACCAAGGCCUGCACAGCCUCUGCCAAGGGAAGAGCCACUGGAAGAUCCAGAAGAGAAAGCGCGACUCAUAUCUCAAGUUCUUGAGUUACAAAACACACUAGAUGAUCUUAGUCAACGAGUGGAUUCCGUGAAGGAGGAGAGCCUGAAACUUCGCUCCGAAAACCAGGUUUUGGGACAGUACAUACAAAAUCUUAUGGCUUCCUCAUCCGUGUUCCAGUCAUCGAAUACCGGAGGAAAACAGUAG